CAGCGCGGACCGACGGCAGCUGGGACCAGUUCAGAGCCGGACUGGAGCCCGAUGGGGGUCAGAGUGUGAGGAGGACAUGUGAUGCGGAUCCUCUCAGAUGUGACGAGAGGAAACUGAAGCUCACAAGGUUUUUUUGUGUCCUGCAGAGACUCAAACUGUCGGACUGAAGUCUGGGGACUGUUGCUGUCCCUCUCACAAAGUGGUUUUUUGGGGAUCUGGGAGUGUGAGAGAUGUCGGAGGCGGCAGAGAGGAGCGAGAACAUUCCUGCAGGAAAAGGAAAAGAAGGAAUUCCCAACGGAGGGAAUCCUGAGAAAAGCAAAGAGGACUUCGAUCUGGCUUCCAUCUACGUGUCCGACGCUCAGUACAACAGGAACAUCUACUUCGACACGUCGCCCGAGGCCGUGAGACUGUAUCUGCGCUACAACCACUGGCUCGCCAAAGUGCUCCUCUACUUCUUCAUCCUGGUCGAUCUGUCUCUGGCGCUCUUCGAGGAGCCUGCCGUCCUCCCUCUGCCGAUAUGGGCCACAAUGCUGGUGGAGCUGCUCUGUCUGCUCGUCUUCACCAUCCGACUCGCUCACUACGCCAAAGUGAUCCCUCGAGACAAGUUCUGGAAAGAUCCCAAAAACAUCUGCAUCAUCGUCAUCGUCCUGCUCACUCUCGUUGAUAUGAUCAUCUACGGAGCUCUGAAAGCUACAAACUGUUACGGCGUCCGCUGGUCCAGAGUGCUGCGCCCGCUGCUGUUGGUCAACAUCACGGAGGGACGCCAGCUCCGCAGAGCGUUCAGAAGCAUCCGGAACGCUCUGCCUCAGAUCUUCUACGUCUUCCUGCUCUUCAUGUUCAGCCUCCUCAUGUUCUCCCUCAUGGCCCUCAAACUGUUGGGCAAACGAGGCCUGAAGACGAUCAACGGAGCUCCGUACUUCACCAACUACCUGGAGAUCGUCUUCGAUCUGUACGUCCUCGUCACCACGGCCAACAGCCCCGACGUUAUGAUGCCGGCGUACAACUCUAGCUUCGUCUUCGCCAUCUUCUUCAUCUUGUACAUUCUCAUCAACACCUACAUCUUCAUGUCCGUCUUCUUGGCCGUCGUCUACAACAACUACAAAAAAUACCUGAAGGAGGAGGUACGGCAGCUGGUGAGGGCCAAAAGGCACAAGAUGGCGCGAGCGUUCGCUGUGCUGCAGGAGCAGAGGGAGGAGGGCGGGCAGCCGGUGGUGAGCCAGGCUAACUGGAACCAGAUGGUUCGUCUGGUUCAGCCCGACAUCAGCAACGCCCACAGGGAGCUGCUGUGGAGAGUCGCUGACGACAAGAACCAGGGCUACAUCGGUAAAGUGGCGUUCGUCCAGCUGGUCGACCUCCUGAACAUCGAGGUGAUCACGCUCAAAUCGAGGCCGCACCCGCUCCAGAGUGCGUGCCCCGCCCUCUACCUGUCUGCCCCCAGUCGCCUCCUCUGCCGAUUGGUCCAACACCGGGCCUUCGUCAUCGUGUACGACCUCAUCAUCCUGGUGAACGCAGUGUUCAUCGGUCUGGACGAGGAGAACCCGCUGGUCUCCAACUCCGAGUGGGUUUUUCUGGCUCUCUACCUGAUGGAGAUCCUGCUCAAGCUCUACGUGUUCGAGCCCAAAGCCUUUUUCUCCAGGCACAGCUUCUGGAACUGGUUCGACACCAUCAUCGUCGUCUCAGCGCUCAUCGCCACGAUCAUCAACUCCGCCAUGAAAUCAACGGGCGGUUACACCAGCCGUCAGAUCCUGGACAUCGUCUUCAUCCUGAGAGUCCUCAGACUGAUCCGGGUCGUCGACAGCAUCAAAAGGUUUCGGGCGAUCAUCAACACCCUGAUCAGGAUUGGACCUGCGAUCCUCACGUUUGGACAGUUAAUUAUUGUGGUGUACUAUAUCUUCGCCAUGGUGGGGAUGGAGCUGUUCAAAGGGAAGGUGAAGUUCUACGAGGAGAGCUCCACCGACCCGGACAAGGCGUUCUGUGGAAACGCUGCGCUGAACGGAACGGACUUCGCUCAGCUCAACUACUGCAAGAACAACUUCAACAACGUGGUGUCGUCCUUCAUCCUGCUGGUGGAGCUCACCGUGGUCAACCAGUGGCACGUGCUCAGCAGCGGCUUCGCUGCCGUCACCCACGUGUCGGCCAGGAUCUUCUUCAUCCUCUUCCACAUCAUGGUUGUUAUCAUCAUCAUCAACAUCUUCGUGGCGUUCGUGCUGGAGGCGUUCUUCGUGGAGUAUUCGGUGGAUAAGAGCGACCUGCAGACGUCUCUGGAGAGGAAGAUCGAGGAACUGGAGCUGGCUGUGGAACAGGAGAAGCUGGAGGACAACUUGGUGAACGCCAUGGAAACCAUCGACAACGACCAGGGAGCCGGUCAGUCGGUGGACAACAGACCCGCCCUGAUGUUUAAGAUCGCCUCAAAAAGGUAUCGGACGGUGGACGCUCUGCUGCAGCGGAUGUUCGAGGCCGAUCUCGACCCCGAAGACUUCGCCGAGAACGACGACGCCGAAGGGAACUUUGUGAACCCGGCGUUCAGCUCCGCGUAAUCAAUAAUGUACAAAUCCGUAUGAAGGGAAGCAUUCAUCUCUAAGUGCAACGUGUCAGCGGUCGUAACCAGUGUUAUAUUUUUAUAUUUGUCCGUUCAAACUCAACUGAAAUCUGUAUUUUCACAUAAAGAAUAUUUACACUCAG